CCAAGUGCUCGGUUCCUUCACGAAGAUACAGAGGAGAGAAAAAAAAACUAGAAAAGGGAACCAUGUCUAUGAGCGUUUAAAGGACAAAAAACACGGAGAAAGCCGUCGCUUUUGGAUUAUAUCUUUCUGCAUUACCGUACCUGUGUGUAUGCUGGAGUAGCUGAGUGGAAUAUGUUGUCGUGGAGAGUGACAGAGUGGAUAUGGCAAUGGCCCGAACAUAUUGAAUAGCUCGUUGGAGGGAGGGAGCAUAACGAGAGGAAAGACAUUUCACAGGGAAUAGGAAGAACAUUGGGACUAUUAUUCACAAUCCAUUUUUUUCCUGCUAUAGUUUCACGGGUGAUUCUUUAAUGGCUUUUCUUGCUGUCGCUUACCUAAGUCUAUUUUACGCCCUUGCCACCUUUAAAACAAUUGGGGUCGAGUCGCGGUAGCUCUGAAGCUUAUGCUAGCUCAGUACUGAGGCGACCAUUUGGCCUGAAAUUUAAAAUAUUCCACCCGAACUAUCGACCGCAUUCGGUCCGUUGCCACAUUAAAGGUUAAACAUGGAUUUUACCGGUAGUGGUGGGGGUAAUGAGCUGCACAAUAAUCAGUUCUAUCAAUCUGAAGAAAGCAAACCUUUACUGGGAGAGAUGUCUGCGCCGCUAGAGGGGAAUAAUAAUAAUAAGCUGGGCGCAGGGCCGUGUCGGAGGACCCUUCUCCACUGCAGCAGCGGGAUGCGAUAUAAGCUGCUUCAGGAGGGAGAUAUCCAGGUGUGUGUGAUAAAACACCCACGAACCUUCCUCAGUAAAAUUCUCACCUCCAAAUUUUUACGGAGAUGGGAACCUCACCACCUCACCUUGACGGACAGCAGUCUCGCCUCUGCAACGCCGACAGGCUACAUGGAGACCACUCUGUCCUACAGCUCUGUAGAGGACCUGCAGCUGCUAUCUUGGGAUAAUGCCCCCAAAUACUGUGUCCAGCUCAGCGUCCCUGGAGGCACCGUGCUUCUGCAGGCUGCCAACAGCUAUUUGCGGGACCAGUGGUUUCACUCUCUCCAGUGGAAGAAAAAGAUCUACAAGUACCGUAAGGUGCUGAACAAUCCGAGCCGCUGGGAGGUGGUGCUGAAGGAAGUGCGAGCUCUGGUGGAUAUGGCCCUCACCUCCCCACUGCAGGACGAGUCCAUCCACCAGGCCCCACUGCACAUCAUAUCCACCCUAUUGGCUGAGAACACUAACCUCAGCACCCAGGAUCAUGAGAGCAUUAUCGUGGCCAUCGCUCCUCUGCUGGAGAACAACCACCCUCCCCCUGACCUGUGUGAAUUCUUCUGCAAGCAUUGCCGGGAACGCCCCCGGUCCAUGGUGGUCAUUGAAGUGUUUACUCCAGUGGUCCAGAGAAUUCUCAAGCACAACAUGGACUUUGGAAAGUGCCCCAGACUGCGCCUCUUUACUCAGGAGUACAUUUUGGCUCUGAAUGAACUGAAUGCUGGCAUGGAGGUGGUCAAAAAGUUCAUUCACAGUAUGCACGGCCCCACUGGACAGUGCCCUCAUCCACGGGUCCUCCCUAAUCUGGUGGCGGUAUGCCUGGCUGCCAUCUACUCCUGUUAUGAGGAGUUCAUUAACAGUCGGGACAACUCUCCCAGUCUGAAGGAGAUCAGGAACGGCUGUCAGCAGCAGAGCGAUCGGAAGCCCCCCAUGCCCCUGAGGCUGCUGCGGCCCGAGCCACCCACCCCGCCUCCGCAGCCCCUGCCCCUCUCGCCACCACCCCUGCCUCUCUCGCCACCACCCUCCAUCAUCAACUCCAAUGAGAUCAUGGUGGAGCUGGAGCGCAACAACAAUGCGACCAACACACUGCGCAAGGCGCCGGCCGGCAGUGACAGCGAGCCCAACCUGAUUGACUGCCUGCUGGUGAGCCCGGCGCUCAACGCCCUCUCCAUCCAGCUCCCCGCCCACGCUGAUCGUGUGCUGGCCUGUUUCGCCCUCAUCCUCAAGAUGCUCUCAGACUACGACGACUGGAGACCAGCACUGGCAAGCCUGCUGCAGCCCAUCCCCUUCCCCAAAGAGGCCCUUGCACAUGCCAAAUUCACAAAAGAGCUGAAGUAUGUUAUUCAAAGGUUUGCAGAGGAUCCCAGACAGGAAGUACACUCGUGCUUGCUCAGUGUGCGUUCUGGAAAGGAUGGCUGGUUUCAGCUCUACAGUCCAGGAGGUGUAGCAUGUGAUGAUGACGGGGAACUGUUUGCUAGCAUGGUUCACAUCCUGAUGGGUUCUUGCUACAAGACAAAGAAGUUUCUCCUGUCCCUGGCAGAAAACAAACUGGGGCCCUGCAUGUUACUGGCUCUGCGAGGGAACCAAACCAUGGUGGAAAUCUUGUGCCUGAUGCUGGAGUAUAAUAUCAUAGAGAAUAAAGACACCCAGCUGCAGAUCAUCUCCACUCUGGAGAGCACUCAGGUGGGCCUGCGCAUGUAUGAGCAGCUGUGCGACAGGCAGCGGGAGCUUAAAGAGCUGCAAAGAAAAGGAGGCCCCACCCGACUCACUCUGCCGUCCAAGUCUACGGAUGCUGAUCUGGCUCGCCUGCUGAGCUCAGGCUCCUUCGGGAACCUGGAGAACCUGAGUCUGGCCUUUACCAAUGUCACGAGUGCCUGUGCUGAGCAGCUUAUCAAGCUGCCCUCCCUAAAGCAGCUCAACCUGUGGUCCACCCAGUUUGGAGAUUCUGGGCUGCGACUGCUCUCGGAGCACCUGGCUUGCCUGCAGGUUCUAAACCUAUGCGAGACUCCAGUCACUGAUGCAGGCUUGCUUGCCCUCAGCUCUAUGAAGAGCCUGUGCAGUUUGAAUAUGAACAGCACUAAACUCACAGCAGACACGUACGAGGACCUGAAGGCCAAACUCCCCAACCUGAAGGAAGUGGAUGUUCGUUACACAGAAGCCUGGUAAAACGUGUUUGGCAUCAUCAAUUCUCAAGGACCUUCUGACAUCAUAGAAACAUAAGGAUUUACUGACAUCAGAACACAGAGCCUUUGAAAUCACAAUCACAGACAUUUGCAGAUGAGGCCUGUCUUUAUAGGAACAUGUUCAAAUCCAAGGACCUUUCCGGUGAAAUCAGCCUAUAGCAGUUGUGUAGUGUCAUCAUCCAAGUGCGAGGACCUUCUUUGUAGUCGCAUAAAAACAUGAGAAUAUUUAUAAUGACAUCAUCAGAUGACGAGGAGCCUCUUUCUGUUGAUAACAUUGAAGGAGACUUUAGCGCUCCCUCUCUUUUUCAAGUGUCUGCAUUCCCCC